AAGCCAAAAAAAAUCUAUAAGAAACUUCUAAUAGUUGUCUUUAAAUCUUUAUUUUAAUAACGAAAAAGUGCUCACGAACUUUUCUAGGUGGGGCCGGUAAACAAUUGGGACUUCCGCAAAUUAUAUAUACCAAUUUACUGAAAAUAAAAAUCUAUUUUCACUAUGGCUAGACCAAUUUAUCCUAAUCAGCAAAAAAUUGCUGAAAAAUUAAUUAUACUUAAUGAUCGCGGCUUGGGUAUAUUGACCAGAGUCUACAACAUUAAAAAGGCAUGCGGUGACACCAAAUCUAAACCAGGAUUCUUGUCGGAAAAGUCCUUAGAGUCUACAAUAAAAUUCAUAGUGAAAAGAUUUCCUAAUACUGACGUCAAAGGCUUAAAUGCUAUUCUGAAUAUAAAAGCAGAAAUAACUAAAUCAUUAUCUUUAUAUUAUCAUACUUUUGUGGAUUUGCUGGAUUUUAAAGAUAAUGUAUGCGAACUGCUCACUACCAUGGAUGCUUGCCAAAUACAUCUGGAUAUAACGCAAAAUUUUGAAUUAACAAAAAAUUAUCUCGACUUGGUGGUUACAUACGUCUCCUUGAUGAUACUUUUGUCAAGAGUAGAAGAUCGAAAAGCUGUCUUGGGUCUUUAUAAUGCUGCUUAUGAAUUGCAAAACAGCCAAUCCGAUCCUGGGUUCCCUCGCCUGGGUCAAAUGAUUUUGGAUUACGAAGUUCCAUUGAGAAAGUUGUCGGAGGAAUUUAUACCUCAUCAACGUCUACUAACAAAUGCCUUGCGUUCUUUGACAACUAUUUAUCCGCUGCGUAAUCUUUCCGCUGACAAAUGGCGUGAAAUGCAAAAACUUAGUUUAGUUGGAAAUCCAGCCAUUCUUCUCAAGGCUGUGCGCACUGAUACAAUGUCUUGUGAAUAUUUGUCUUUAGAAGCUAUGGAUCGUUGGAUUAUAUUCGGUCUACUUUUGAAUCAUGCAAUGUUGCCUCAGUAUCCAGAUUUUAAUAAAAUUUGGAUUUCCGCUCUGGAGACAAGUUGGGUUAUAGCAUUAUUCCGCGAUGAGGUUUUGCAAAUACAUCAGUAUAUACAAACAUUUUUCGAUGGCAUUAAGGGAUAUAGUAAACGCAUAGGGGAAGUUAAGGAGGCCUAUACAAACGCUGUACAGAAAGCGGCUCUAAUGCAUCGGGAACGUAGAAAGUUUUUGCGUACUGCUUUGAAAGAAUUGGCAUUAAUUAUGACCGACCAACCGGGAUUAUUGGGCCCCAAAGCUAUUUUUAUAUUUAUUGGACUGUGCUUGGCUAGAGAUGAGAUUUUGUGGUUGCUGAGACACAAUGAUAAUCCUCCUUUGUUGAAAAAUAAAGGCAAGAGUAAUGAAGAUCUCGUUGAUCGUCAACUGCCAGAAUUAUUAUUCCAUAUGGAGGAAUUACGUGCCCUGGUACGCAAAUACAGUCAAGUGAUGCAACGUUAUUAUGUGCAAUAUCUUUCGGGCUUCGAUUCUACAGAUCUAAAUAUACGCAUGCAAAGUCUACAAAUGUGUCCCGAAGAUGAGAGUGUUAUUUUCUCAUCACUCUACAAUACCACCUCCUGUUUGACUGUGAAACAAGUUGAAGAAAAUGAACUAUUCGAUUUUAGAGCAUUCCGCUUGGAUUGGUUCCGUUUGCAAACGUAUAUGAGUGUCAGUAAGGCAGUUUUACGCAUACAAGAGCAUAUCGAUUUGGCACGUCUGUUAGACUCGAUGGUAUUUCAUACACGUGUAGUGGACAAUUUGGAUGAAAUUCUAGUGGAAACAUCUGAUAUGAGCAUCUUUUGUUUCUACAGUAAAAUGUUUGAUGAUCAAUUCCACAUGUGUCUAGAAUUUCCAGCACAAAAUCGUUACAUCAUUGCGUUUCCUCUAAUAUGCUCUCAUUUUCAAAAUUGUACCCAUGAAAUGUGUCCAGAGGAGAGACACCACAUACGUGAAAGAUCUUUGAGUGUGGUGAACAUAUUUUUAGAGGAAAUGGCCAAGGAGGCCAAGAAUAUUAUAAACACCAUUUGUGAUGAACAGUGUACAAUGACUGAUGCUUUAUUGCCAAAACAUUGUGCCAAAAUUUUAUCGGUGCAAUCUGCACGCAAGAAAAAAGAUAAAUCUAAGAAACAAUUUGAUGACAUACGAAAGCCCGGAGACGAAUCUUAUCGUAAAACACGUGAAGAUCUAACAACCAUGGAUAAAUUACACAUGGCUUUAACCGAAUUGUGUUUUGCCAUUAACUACUGUCCCACAGUUAAUGUAUGGGAAUUCGCAUUUGCGCCACGCGAGUAUUUGUGCCAAAAUUUAGAACAUCGUUUUUCUCGUGACUUGGUGGGCAUGGUGAUGUUUAAUCAGGAGACCAUGGAGAUUGCUAAACCUUCCGAGUUGUUAGCUUCGGUUAGGGCUUACAUGAAUGUUUUGCAAACUGUGGAGAACUAUGUUCACAUUGAUAUGACUCGUGUUUUCAACAAUUGUUUGCUGCAGCAAACGCAAGCAUUAGAUUCACAUGGGGAGAAAACUAUAGCGGCUUUAUAUAAUACUUGGUACACCGAAGUUUUACUUAGACGUGUUUCAGCCGGCAACAUUGUAUUCAGCAACAAUCAAAAAGCAUUUGUACCCAUUUCCCCAGAAGGUUGGGUGCCUUUCAAUCCCCAAGAAUUUUCAGAUCUCAAUGAAUUGAGAGCUCUUGCAGAAUUGGUGGGUCCCUAUGGCAUCAAGACCCUAAAUGAAACUCUAAUGUGGCAUAUAGCCAAUCAAGUGCAAGAGUUAAAAUCGUUGGUGGGCGUAAAUAAAGAAGUUUUGAUUACAUUACGCACCAGUUUCGAUAAACCGGAAGUUAUGAAGGAACAAUUUAAACGUUUGCAGGAUGUGGAUCGUGUUUUACAAAGAAUGACUAUCAUUGGUGUGAUUUUGUGUUUCCGCAAUUUAGUGCAUGAUGCUUUAGUGGAUGUUUUGGAAAAACGUAUACCUUUUCUAUUAAGUUCGGUUAAAGAUUUCCAAGAACACUUGCCGGGUGGUGAUCAAAUACGUGUUGCUUCUGAAAUGGCUGCUGCAGGUGGUCUUAUGUGUAAAGUUGAUCCGACUUUGGCGGCAACAUUAAAAUCGAAAAAGCCAGAAUUUGAUGAAGGAGAACAUCUUACAGCUUGUUUGCUAAUGGUGUUUAUAGCCGUGUCCAUACCCAAAUUGGCACGAAAUGAAAAUUCUUUCUACCGGGCCACUAUCGAUGGUCAUUCGAAUAAUACUCAUUGCAUGUCGGUGGCAAUUAAUAACAUAUUUGGCGCUCUAUUUACCAUCUGUGGCCAAAAUGAUAUAGAGGAUCGCAUGAAGGAGUUUCUGGCUUUAGCCAGUUCUUCGCUGUUGAGAUUGGGUCAAGAAUCGGAUCGUGAGGCUACACGUAAUCGUGAAUCCAUUUAUUUGCUGCUGGAUGAAAUUGUUAAACAAUCACCCUUCUUAACAAUGGAUUUAUUGGAAUCAUGUUUCCCUUAUGUUUUAAUACGUAAUGCUUAUCACGCUGUCUAUAAACAGGAGCAGAUAAUGGGUCUCUAAAUUAAAUAUUUAAGCAUUAGUGUUAGGAUUGCAGUACACAAGGAUAUUAAUUUAUAAAAUAGUAAUUUAAGCCAAACAUAUUUAUACAGCAACUAAAGAUACGUAGAAGACGAGCGGAUUAGAAUAGUAAUGAACAAUUUAUUAUGCAACAGUGUCAAAGAAAGAUGAUUUAGGGCCUGAUUUAGAAACACAAACUGUUUUCUGGUAGUGUGUUUGAAACGGGCCUAUAGAGCGGAAACUAGGAGUAUUUCAAUGAAAAAUACACAUAGAUCGGAAAUACUCCUGUCAAACACCUAACACAUUUGAUUCAGAAAUAUUUGAAAUACCGCAUUCGAUAUUGAGUAAAUUCGAUCGUAAUUUUCUGAUUUGAGAUUACGGCAUUCGAUACGAGCAUGAAAUUUAGUACAUUUUGUUAUAAUUACGAUAUCGAAAUCAUUUUUCGAUACGAUAGUUCAUUCGAUUACGAGUGCGGUAAUUCGGCCCCAGGUGUUAGGUGUUUGACAGGAGUAUUUCCAAACUGAAUUUAAAUGUUUCAUUGAAAUACUUUUUUCGUCAUUCGAAAAAUGUUUUACUCCUUGUUCACUGAAAAAAUUCAGAUAAAAAUACUUUUUUACAAAAAUAUAUUUUACCGAACACAUUUCUUGCCAAAAAAAAUAAUUGCAAUUUGAAAUUUAAUUUCAUAGCGCAUUUAAAUCUCCUCGACAGCUCGAAAAUUUUUAAAUUUAUUAAAAAAAAUACACAAAUAUUAUGAUUUUUUUAUAAGCUCUUUUUCUAUUUAAUCUAUAUACUCAUUUAAGUAUAUAAAUAAAAUGUAUUAUGUCUUUCUAAAUAAAAUAUUUCUAAAAUAAAAGCCAAAAAUUUAAAACACAAAAGUACAUUUACAACACUAUUUCAUAUAACAACCUUUUAUAUAAAAUGUAUGUAAUUCUUUUUUAAAUAUGAACGAAUUUUUUUAAAAUUUGUAUACAAAGUAAUUAAUAAAUAAAAGACACACAGAAAAUAUGACAA